AUGAUGCUUUUAAAUGCCACCGAUCAGGUGAUGCAUUUUCAGGUUAAGAUCCGGGACUCCUCUAAGAUUAUCUUUCUUUCUGUGGUGUAUGCGAAUAAUUACCAUAUUGCUCGUUGCCAGUUAUGGGCUUCUCUUAAGGGUCAUAAGCAUGUCGUUAAGGACACCCCAUGGUUCAUCAUGGGCGAUUUCAAUGUUGCCCUUGACCCGAAGGACAGCUCCUCUGGCUUUUCGGGCCCUAAUCGUGGUAUGGAUGAUUUCCGUGAGUGUGUCCGACACCUUGAGGUGGAGGAUGUCAAUUUCAAGGGUAUGUACUUUUCUUGGACUAAAAACCCCAACGGUACGGGAGGUCUUCUCAAAAAGAUUGACCGUGUCUUGGGCAAUCUUCAUUCCCUUGCUCGCUUCCCUUCUGCUUCUGUUGUCUUCCUCCCCUAUCGGUCUUCCGAUCAUAGCCCGGCGGUCCUUACUCUUCCUUCUUGUUCUCCUCGUAAACCCAAGCCUUUCAAGUUCUCCAAUCUUCUUAUGUAUAAAGAGCCUUUUUUGAAUGUUGUGUCUUCCAAUUGGUGCCCUGAUCUUACUAGUCGUGAGAUGUAUAAGAUUUCUCAAAAUAUUAGAAAUCUCAAAGGACCCCUUCGUAAGAUGCUUAAUGAUCAGGGUAAUCUUCAUUCCAAAGUCUCUAAGUUACGGCUUGAGCUUGACAGGGUCCAGAUCACUCUUGAUAGGGAUCCUGAUAAUGGGGCUCUCAGAGAGGAGCACUGUGGGUAUUUAUCUGCCUACAAUAGUGCCUGCCUUGAUGAGGAGCGAUUCCUGAAGCAAAAAUCCAAGAUCAAUUGGCUCCGUGAAGGAGACCAAAAUUCUUCUUUUUUCCAUAAAAAGCUUAAUGUCAAUCAAGCUGCCAUGAUGCUUGCUCCUUUUACCGACUCCGAGAUCAAGCAGGCCCUUUUCCAGAUGGGAGAUGAUAAAGCUCUAGGGCCUGAUGGUUUCACUUCUAAGUUUUUUAAAGCCGAUUAG